GUGCCCUGGCGCCGUUCUUUUCUCUUUCACGGUGGUGUUUCAGAGCCUUCUUUGAGUGCUCGGCGAUCUCGCCUUCGCUGCAUCAGCUCGCUGGAGCAACUCCUUCUCAUCGUCCCCUCCUACGGACCCCACGGUCGGCAACGUACGCCGGAUUGCUAUCAGCGAACUCCUCUCCAUUCACCGGGUAAACUUCUUCACCGAUCUGCUGAGGUAUUGCGGCGAGGAAGUGGGAGAGUUGGCCGAGGGAUAGAGGUUCCGUGAAUACUCGUUAGAAAUCACUCACUCGAGUUUUAAUACUCUUUGGCAAUGGCGGUUGUGGCUUCGGCGCCGGGUAAGGUGCUGAUUACCGGAGGAUACCUCAUACUUGAGCGGCCCAACCCUGGCAUUGUUCUCAGCACCACCGCUCGGUUCUACGCAAUUGUUAAGCCGAUCCGCGAGGAGAUUGAUCCCAGUAGCUGGGCUUGGGCAUGGACAGAUGUAAAAGUAUCAUCUCCUCAACUUUCGAGGGAAGCUACGUACAAGAUGUCGCUCAAGCACUUUACCCUCCAAUGCACUUCUUCAAGGGACUCUUCAAACCCUUUUGUGGAGAGGGCAUUGGAAUACACAGUUGCAGCCGCUAAAGCAAUUUCUAGUGACAAUGGAACAGAUGAUCAGUUGAAUAGACUACUUCUGCAAGGUCUGGAUAUCACUAUAAUAGGUUCCAAUGAUUUCUAUUCUUAUCGAAGCCAGCUUGAAGCUCAUGGAUUACCCUUUGAGCGUCAGUCAUUGGAGCUGCUUCCACCUUUUUCAUUAAUUACAUUUAAUGAAGAUAAUGGAACUCAAGGCGGAGCAAAGAGCAAACCUGAGGUUGCAAAAACUGGGCUGGGUUCAUCAGCAGCAAUGACCACAUCUGUGGUUGCCGCUUUACUUCAUUAUCUUGGAAUUGUUGGACUCCCAUUUGUAUCGAAAGAUGGGACUGCUGCAGGGACAACUGAUUCAGAUCUUAGCUUGGUUCAUGCUAUAGCUCAGACUGCUCAUUGCAUAGCUCAAGGGAAAAUUGGCAGUGGUUUUGAUGUCUGUGCUGCUGUGUAUGGUAGUCAACGCUAUGUUAGAUUUUCACCUUCAGUUUUAUCUUCUGCUCAGGCUGUGGGUGGAAAGCAGUUACCAGACGUGAUCAAUGAUAUUCUUAAAGAAAAGUGGGACCAUGAAAAAUUGUCAUUUUCAUUGCCACCUCUGAUGUCCCUUCUUUUAGGAGAACCUGGUACUGGAGGUUCAUCUACUCCUUCAAUGGUUGGCUCUGUGAAACAGUGGCAGAAAUCUGACCCCCAGAAAUCUGCAGAAACAUGGACAAGGCUGGCAAAUGCUAAUUCAAUGCUUGAGCUAGAGCUUAACAAGUUAAAUAAAUUUGCAUUGGAGCAACGGGAUUCAUACAAACAUGUUAUAAGUAGUUGCAGUGGUUAUUCGCAUGAAAAGUGGGUUGAACAAGCCACAGAUCAAACACAGGAAUCAAUUGUCAAAUCAUUGCUAGGGGCCAGAGAAGCUUUUGUGGAGAUCAGAUUUCAGAUGCAGUUGAUGGGCAAGGAAGCUGGCGUACCGAUUGAACCCGAAUCACAAUCUCGACUCCUGGAUGCCACUAUGAGUAUGAAAGGAGUUUUAUUGGCUGGAGUUCCUGGAGCUGGUGGCUACGAUGCAGUGUUUGCUAUUAUUUUGGGAGAAUCAACUGGUACAGUAAGCGACGCCUGGAGCUCACAAGGUGUUCUUCCCCUGCUGGUCAGGGAAAAUCCUGAUGGUGUUUUGCUGGAAGAUGGUGAUCCUCGGACAAGAGAAGUGUCAUCAUCUAUUGCUUCCAUCAAUAUCAACUAGUUUCAUGCAUGUCGUGAUUGUGCUUGAUGGUUGAUUCCCUUUUCCCUGUGACCGGUCACGGUCAUUUAAAUAAAAGGGUGCAUGCUGUCCCUUAAUUUAUUUUAGAAGAUUAUGUUUUGCGGCAUUUACUCCCAUCAAAUGGAAAAUUCAUUCAAAUUUGAAUUCUUGCUAGUAAUGUGCUGGAAAUCACUCAA